AUGUCAGACUUCACUGGUGGAGACCGGAAUGGGCCGAGUGUGGAAGAGACAACAGUCUUCAUGCCUGGAUGUGAACCUCAAACCCCUACUGACACAAAGUUACGGUCCUCAUCACGAUCCUUUUUCUCCUGUGGACCUCGACAUCUUGCAAUCCUGAGUAUUGUCUGUGGAUUGUCUUGUGUGGGCAUCAAAGCACUGCUUCUCGCUUUAAAGGUAAAUGUAUUACAGAGAGAAUCUUGGACCUGCAUCAUAAACCUUCCUGUAUUAAAAGCACUCUAUCUGUGUAUACACCAGGCUCAGAUCUCUCUCUCUCCCUAUGUAUACCCUGGGCUCUGAUCUCUCUCUAUACACUGGGCUUGGACCUCUCUCUAGCUCUCUCUGUAUGCACAGGGCUCUGAUCUCCCUCUUUCUGUAUACACUGGGCUCAUAUCUCUCUCUCUAUAUACACCGGGCUCUGAUCUCUCUCUUGCUUUCUCUGUAUACCCCGGGCUUUGAUCUCUUUCUUUCCCUCUCUCUAUACACCAAGCUCUGAUCUCUCCGUAUACACCUGGCUCUAAACUCUCUCUCUUUCUGUAUACACAGGGCUCUGAUCUCUCUCUCUCUGUAUACACCCGUCUGAUAUCACUCUCUCUCUCUGUAAACAUGGGCUCUGAUCUCUCUCUCACUUUCUAUACACUUGUUAAGACACCUCCAGUGUCUUUAGGCAAAACCGCUGUUUAGUCGACCUUCCCUGUCUGCAGUAACAGUAACUCCGUUCGCCUAACCUGUAGUACACGAACCAAAUGCAGGGGAAGCGGCAAUCUCCCGACCGGGAUCCGUGAACGGCUCCAAACUCCCGAACGGCAAUACACGAACUGCUGCUAGCCGCCGAACAACAAUAUCCACCAAGCGGCUUUCGGUUCCAUCCAGCAGUCUCUAAACGUGAAGAAGAAAUCCCCCCAAUAACGAGACAGAAGCUCCGCAUUGAGGGUCAAACAGGAUCUGGCUUUUACUGUGGGCUACCUGCCCGUAUUUAUGCAGGUCUCCCACUUGGUGGACACUCCCAUAGGGGACCAAAUGGGAAACUUAAAUGACAGACAGAUAUGGGGACAUUCCAGACACACAGUCACAGAUUUUACCCACAGUGCAUUAUGAUUCCCUCUCCUCUGCCCUGGAGAUAAUUACCGAGUAACUCAAUUAUUUCCAGGACGAAGCCAGUUGCCAUUUUAAAUAUAACAUCACAAAAGACAUAAAAAUACAUAACUUUCAAAUACCCAAAUGUUUCCCAUUCGUAUCACAUAUCCCCAGAUAGCCUGGAUCUGAGUGCAUAUUAUUAGCGAAUAGCGCUCAGAUCCCACACACAUAGUUCAAUCGCCAUGGAGUCAAAGUUCUUACAGUCUUUCGGUAUACGAAUGACUCCAUGGGAAGGCUAUCUGGGUUAAGUCUUUUCGUAUGCUCCAAACCUCCCGAACGGCCGGUAUUCGUAUGCUUUCGUGGAGACAGCCAGGCGUUCCAUUGUUUCAGCGGUGUUCGGCAGAAAAAGUGUCCGUUUUUAGUUCCAUAGAAAUAGAGCCAAACACCGCUGGGCUUUCGCGUGGUUUAAAAUGGCCGCUGCCUCGUGGUCGACAUACGAACGACGACCACCCUGAAUUUGGUUUAAUUAAGAAGUGUCUGCGGUUAACCACAACGUUCUAAUUGGGAUCAAUAGGUUAACCAGCAGCACCCUCCUCUCCUGGGUGGCCGUCCGUUCAGUAAGUUUGUUCGGGAAAAAAGUCAUUCGAAUGGCUGGGCUAUAGAAAACAGCCAUUCAUGCGAACGGGAUACAAACAGACGAAUGCAACUAAAAUACAAGCAGGCAGAUGGUUCUGUCACAACACUGUGUUUGGAUCUCUCUCUCUUUCUGUAUACACUGGUGUGACGGACCGCCUGGCACCCCUUCGUUGGUGUCUCGCUGUCCUCCACCCACCCUGAACCCAAGACCAGGAUCCAGCUUCCAGUGGGUAGACUUCUCCUAGUCCAGAGAGUGAAGCAGGCUGCUCUUAUAAGAGCAAGUGUUGUGAUCCAAGGGAGUAUAGUGAUUAUAGCAAUUCCCAGAGUGAAUAUAGCUCUCCAAUGCCCCAAACAUGAGCCUAGACUGCAUGAAGGGUAAAACGAAUCUCAGUUUAAUGGUAGCCACAACUGGAUUUUUAUGACAGUCCCCAUGCAAGGGACACUCUCCCCUGGACCUGAGAGUAAACCACAGUAGAAAUAAGUACACAAUCACAUUGGCUCUCAGGUCCAGGACACUCCCAUACAAAAUCAGAUAAUCCCUCCUCUGUGCAUGGGAGAUAAUUGGAUCAGUAACUGUACUAAUCUAAUCCAAUUAUCUCCAAGCAAAAAAAAACCACACUUUUUCCCAAACACCCCAAAAGUACCCUAAAAAUACAUAAAAACCCUACAAAGAUUACAUUCCGUGAUAGUCCUGAUCUAGUUGUCCAACAUAUCCAAAAAUCACCCAGAUCAAUCAGGGGUUCAGGAAUUUCCUGAAGUCAUAGUUUUGACCGGCUGCCCACUUGGUCCCAUGCCCAAAACAGUUCCAGAGAAUCAGGGCUUGCGGUCAGUUUAGUUCGGUAGUUUAAAAACGAACAAACUACCGAACAUAGUCAAUAGUCUUACCCUGGAGCUUGAUCCCCUUGUUCAUGGGAAUGAUUCCACUGAACAGUGCUUUUCUAAGUGUUGUUGAACCGAACGCAGGCGAUGCUGGAAGGGCAGCAGUGUUCGGAAGUUUCUGUGUCCGGUUUUAGUUCCAUGAGAUUCAUGCCCAAGCAAGAUGGCCACCAUCUCGUGGUCGUCCAUAGAAAUUGUGGCCACCCAGACGAACACUUAGAACACUGCGGUGGAAAUUGCUACAAAAUAGUGUGACAGAACCAUCUGUCUGCUGGAUUUUUGCCCGUUCGUCUGUUUGUCCCCCGUUCGUAUGAAUGGCUGGUUUCUAUAGCCCAGCCAUUCGAAUGACUCUUUUUCCCGAACAAAUCUGCCGAACGAACAGCCACCCAAGUGAGGAGUGUGCUGCUGGUUAACAAAGUGAUCCCAAUUAGAACGUUGUGGUUAACCGCAGACACUUCUCAAUUAAACCGAACUCAGGGUGGUCGUCGUUCGUAUGUCGACCACGAGGCAGCGGCCAUUUUAAAUCAUGCGAACGCCCAGCGGUGUUUGGCUCUAUUUCUAUGGAACUGAAAACGGACACUUUUUCUGCCGAACACCGCUGAAACAACGGAACGCCUGGCUGCCUCCACGAAAGCAUGCGAACACCGGCCGUUCGGGAGAUUGAGAGCAUACGAAAAGACUUAACCCAGAUAGCCUUCCCAUGGAGUCAUUCGUAUACCGAAAGACUGUAAGAACUUUGACUCCAUGGCGAUUGAACUAUGUGUGUGGGAUCUGAGCGCUAUUCGCUAAUAAUAUGCACUCAGAUCCAGGCUAUCUGGGGACAUGUAAUACCAACGGGAAAUGUUCAGUUUUCAUGUAGUUAUGUAUUUUUAUGUCUUUUAUUAUUUUAUGUUUAAGAUGGCGACUGUCCUUGUCCUGGAGUUAAUUGAGUUACUUGGUAAUUAACUCCAGGGCAGAGGGGAGGGAAUCAUAAUGCACUGUGGGUAAAAUAUGUGACUGUGUGUCUGAAAUGUCCUUCUAUCUGUCUGUAGUUUAAGUCUCCCAUUUGGUCCCCUAGGGGAGUGUCCACCAGGUGGAAGACCUGCAUAAAUAUGGGCAGGUAGCCCACAGUAAAACCAGAUCCUGUUUGACCCUCAAUGUGGAGCUUCUGUCUCGUUAUUGGGGGGGAUUUCUUCUUCACGUUUAGAGACUGCUGGAUGGAACGAAAGCCGCUUUGGGGAUAUUAUUGUUCGACGGUUACCAGCAGUUCGUAUAUUGCCGUUCGGGAGUUUGGAGCCGUUCGUGGAUUUCGAUCGGGAGAUUGCCGCUUCCCCUGCAUUUGGUUCGUGUGUUACAGAGUAAGCGAACGGAGACUGUACUGCAGCCGGGAAGGUUUACUAAACGGCGGUUUUGCCUAAAGACACUGGAGGUGUCUUAACAAGUAGCAAUUCGGUUUAACAAGCUCCAGGGUAGUUCCUGAACCAAAUAUAAAAUCCCACGAACCAAGUCUGUUCACAUAGUUUUUUUAAAUGGCCCAUAGUCUUUUGGUAAGAGGCUGGCCAGCUGGCCCCUCCAAGAACACGUGAUGAGGCUCAGUUCGUCACAACUGGGCUCGGAUUUCUCUCUCUCUGUAUACACCGGGCUCUGAUCUCUCUUUCUUUCUGUAUACCCUGGGCUUGGAUCUCUCUCUCUCUGUAUUCAACGGGCUCUGAUCUCCCUCAGUAUACAUCGAUGUCUGAUCUCUCUCAUUCUGUAUACACUGGGCUCGGAGCGCUCUCUCUCUCUAUACACCGGGCUCGGAUCUCUCUCUCGUUAUACAUUGGGCUCGGAUCUCUCUCUCUGUAUACACUGGGCUCAGAUCUCUCUCUCUCUGUAUACACGGGGCUCUGAUCUCUCUAUACACUGGGCUUGGAUCUCUCUCUGUCUCUAUACACUGAGUUCGGAUCUCUCUCUCUCUCUCUGUAUACACGGGGCUCUGAUCUCUAUACACUGGACUUGGAUCUCUCUCUCUCUGUAUACACAGGACUCGGAUCUCUCUCUCUGUAUACACAGGACUCGGAUCUCUCUCUCUGUAUACACAGGACUCGGAUCUCUCUCUCUCUCUCUCUCUAUAUAUAUAUAUAUAUAUAUAUAUAUAUAUAUAUAUAUAUAUAUACAUACAUACAUACAUACAUACAUACAUACACACACACACACACCAGGCUCGGAUCGGUCUCUUUCUAUAUACCGGGCUCGGAUCUCUCUCUCUCUGUAUACACCAGGCUCAGAUAUCUCUCUCUCGCUCUCUCUCUCUAUAUAUAUAUAGCUCUGAUCUCUCUCUCUAUACACCAGGCUCGGAUCUGUCUCUCUAUAAACCGGGCUCAGAUCUCUCUCUCUAUAUACACUGGACUCUGAUCUCUCUCUCUAUAUACACCGGGCUCUGAUCUCUCUCUCUCUAUACACCGGGCUCGGAUCUCUCUAUACACUGUGCUCGGAUCUCUCUCUCUCUCUUUAUACACUGGACUCGGAUCACUCUCUCUCUCUCUCUAUACACUGGACUCUGAUCGCUCUCUCUCUAUAAACCGGGCUCGGAUCUCUCUCUCUCUAUAUACACUGGGCUCGGAUCUCUCUCUCUAUAUACACCGGACUCGGAUCGCUCUCUCUCUCUCUCUCUACACACUGUGCUCGGAUCUAUCUAUAUAUGCAUGGAUGAAUAUAAUUAUAAUUUGGUGAUACUCAGUGUUAAUAUGUGGCCUGACAUUUGUUUCUAGGCGGAGAAGGAAAAUAAUAAGAAGUUGUCGAAGAAGCUCUCGUGUCAUUCUUAUAGGAUAUCGGCACUGAGUUUGUUUUUAUUCUGGUUCGGAAUGCUCGUCUGUCUGCCGCUACUGCUUAUUCUUAUAUCCUAUAUUCUGGCUGAGGUGGAAUGA